AUGGCUUUACGAGUUGCACAAGUCUGCGGCAUCUGGUUCUGGCUCGCCUUCGCCUUCUUCCUCUUCGUCAUCUUCCACCAAUCCAACCUCGUGCUCCCCACCCCCAACCUAGACUCUCCCUCCAAAUUCCACCCAUCCAUCUCCUCCCCCUCCAAGCCCCUCACCAUCCAACAACGCAUCUCGCGCUCCGAGACCGCCUGGCGCACCUCCGUCUCUCUCCGCCACGAAAUGGCCUCCCACCACCCCAAAUACCCACACAUCCCUCUCUUCCCCGCCCAAAAACUGUCCGAUUUCUCCAAAACCCCUUACACCCUCUGGGAUUUCUUCCCCGCAACCUGGACCUGUCCGCACGAUAUCCAGCGCGUAGGCCGUCUCGGCGACGGCGGAAAGUGGGUUUGCGGUAUGAGUCUCUAUGAAAAACAUCGCUCCUCCUCCUCCCAAACCACAAACCCAAACGACGACAUAACCAUCUACAGUUUCGGCGUCAACGACGAAUCCACCUUCGAAGCCGAGAUGCUCUCUCGCAUCCCCAGCGCCCAAGUCCACGCCUACGAUUUCUCCGUCACGAAAUUCGGUCCCCAGCUCUCCUCCUCCCACGCCUCGCGCGCACACUUCCACAAAUACGGUUUAGGAGCCAGAGAUAUCCCAUCGCGGACUCCCCCCUUCUACACGCUGCAAACGCUCAUGAAGCAGAAUAAUCAUUCGUACAUCGAUAUUUUAAAAAUUGAUAUCGAAGGGUCGGAGUACACGGCGCUGGAUGCGUUUAUGGAUUUCUACGAUGUGGAGGGGGGUGGGGAUGGGAAACUACCCGUGGGACAGGUGAUGAUCGAGUUGCAUUUGGUGGAUGAUGAACAUGUGCAUUUUGAACGCUUUACGAAAUGGUGGGAGCGGCUGGAGAAGUUCGGUAUGAGACCUACGUGGUUCGAGACGAAUUUGUUGGCGGUGACGUUGGGAGAGGGAAAGACGGAUCCGAGGUGUGUGGAGUAUGUGUGGGUUAAUGUGAGAGAUGAGAGGAGUAUUUUGUUGGGGGAGUAA